CAUAUUUUCUGUAUAGAAGUCAAAGUGAAAAUAAGUUCCCGAAUGUGACACUGAAAACAUCACUCUCAACAUGGAGCUAAAACUACAUUCUGUGAAGAAACAUUCAAUCAGGACUCUGAAAAAAGAAAGUACACUGUGAAGAAAGGCGUGGAUCACAGUGCGUUGGCAGAUUGUGGAAAACCAGAUCAGCAGCAUGAGUCACUCUGAGGAAUGUGAGAUGAGCUCUUCUAACACUGAGGGCAAAGAAUAUGUCUCUUCAGGGCCUCCAGAGAGAUCAGACUCAGUGGCAUCUCUAAGGAGUAAUUUUUCUCAGGAUAAACACCUAAACUUCACAGAUGAGGACCCCCUUCCUCAACACAGCUCCUCAGUGCCUCCAGAGAGAUCAGACUCAGUGGCAUCUCUAAGGAGUCAUUUUUCUCAGGAUAAACACCUAAACUUUACAGAUGAGGACCCCCUUUCUCAACACAGCUCUUCAGUGCCUCCAGAGAGAUCAGACUCAGUGGCAUCUCUAAGGAGUGAUAUUUCUCAAGAUAAACACCUAAAUUUCACAGAUGAGGACCCCCUUUCUCAACACAGCAUCCUACAGGAGAGUCUACAAAGACUUGUUAUACAGCCAAAAGAAAAAAGUGAAGUCGUGGGAAGAGAAACAAGUCAUGCUGUGGAAAUUCUUCAAAAAUUAAAAUCACACCUGCGAGUGAAAUUUCAGUGUUUGUAUGAGGGACCAGCAAAUGAGUUCACCCAAACACUUCUCAGUGAUAUAUACACAGACCUCUACAUCACAGAGAGUGGAAGUGAUGAGAUCAGUACUGAACAUGAGAUCAGACAGAUUGAGAUAAUGUCUACCAGGCUACCAGCAGAAGACAUGGAAAUCAAAUGCAAUGACAUAUUUAAACCCUCACCUGGACAAGACAAACCCAUCAGAACUGUACUGACAAAGGGAGUCGCCGGCAUUGGAAAAACAGCCUCUGUACAGAAGUUUAUUCUGGACUGGAGCGAAGAAAAAGCAAAUUCAGAUGUCCACCUCAUAUUUCCACUUCCUUUUAGGGAGUUGAAUUUGCUGAAGGAUGAAGAACUCAGCCUGAUGGCUCUUCUUGAUAGGUUCUUUGCUGUCACAAAAGACAUGGACAUUUCCAGCCAUAACUAUAAGAUUAUCUUCAUUUUUGAUGGUUUGGAUGAGUGCCGUCUACCUCUGGAUUUCCAGAACAAUGUGAAAAUUUCUGAUGUGAGUAAAUCGGCCUCAGUGGAUGUGCUGCUUACAAACCUCAUUAUGAGGAAUCUGCUGCCCUCUGCUCUCAUCUGGAUAACCUCCCGACCAGCAUCAGCACAUCAGAUCCCAUCUGAGUACAUUGAUCGAGUGACAGAGGUACGAGGGUUCAAUGACUCACAGAAGGAGGAGUACUUCAAGAAGAAGAUCAGUGAUCCAGCUAUGGCCAGUAAAAUCAUCAACCACAUUAAGUCAACAAACACCCUCCAUGUCAUGUGCCACAUACCAGUGUUCUGUUGGAUUUUAGCUACUGUGCUCGAGAGAACCAUUCAGGAAGAAGAGAUUCCCAAGACUCUGACUCAAAUGUACACUCACUUCUUAGUCGUUCAGACCAAGCAGAAAAUGAAUGACGACAUGAUUCUCAAACUGGGAAAACUGGCAUUUGACCAGCUGAUGAAAGACAACCUGAUUUUCUAUGAAGAAGACCUGAGCGACUGUGGCAUUGAUGUCAAUGAAGCCUCAAUGUUCUUAGGAGUGUGCACAAAGCUCUUCAAGCAGGAGGUUGGGCUGUUCCAGAAGAAAGUCUACUACUUUGUUCAUCUGAGCAUUCAGGAGCAUCUGGCAGCUCUAUAUGUGCAUUUGACCUUUGUGAAGCACAACACAAACAUACUUGACCAGAGCUGGCUUCCUAGACAGUUUCUAUGGGGAGAAAUUACAAUCUCAGAGUUACACAAAUGUGCUGUGGAUAGAGCCUUAAAGGAUAAGAACGGACAUCUAGAUCUUUUCCUCCGUUUCCUUCUAGGCCUGUCACUUGAAUCCAAUCUCUUGCAAGGCAUUCUGACACAUGCUGGAAGCAGUGUCAACAACACUGAGGAAACAACUGCAUACAUCAAGAAUAAGAUCCAAGAAAAUCCUCCUGCUGAGAAAUCCAUCAAUCUGUUUCACUGCCUGAGUGAACUGAAUGAUCAUUCCCUAGAGCAGGAAAUUAAAACUUAUUUGAAUUCUGGAGAGAUAAAACAAAAACAAACCACACUUUCUUCUUCACAUUGGUCAGCUUUAGUUUUUGUGCUUCUAAGUUCAGCAGAGGAACUUAAAGAGUUUGAUCUGAGUACAUACACUGGAGCGCACAACAGAUCAGAAGAGGUUGUUCUGAAACUGCUUCCUGUGGUUAAAGCAAGCAAAAAAGCUGAGCUUAACAGUUGUAACCUGACUAAUAGAACCUGUGUAGCUCUGGCUUCAGUGAUCAGCUCUGGUACUUCACGUCUGAGAGAGCUGAACUUAAGCUGGAAUGAACUGCUGGAUUCAGGAGUGCAGCAGCUUUGCUCUGGACUGGGGAAUCCUCACUGUAAACUGGAAAAACUGAAGUUGAUAAAUUGUGGUUUCAGAAGUGAAGGCUGCUGUGCUCUGGCAUCAGCUCUGAAAUCAAACCUGUUUCAUCUAAUAGAACUGGAUCUCUCUCAGAAUGAUCUAGAAGAUACUGGAGUUAAAGAGCUCUCUGAUGGACUACAGAAUCCACAGUGCAAACUGAAGAUACUGACCCUGGCAAGUUGUAGAGUUAAAGAUGAAGGCUGUGCUGCUCUGGCUACAGCUCUAAAAUCAAAUCCAUCAGCUCUGAGAGGACUGGAUCUGUCUGAAAACGAAGUUGGAGACUUAGGAGUGAAACAGCUUGCAUCUGCACUGGAGAAUCCUCUCUGUACACUGGAGACAUUGAGGUUGUGGGACUGCAAUAUCACUGAAGAAGGCUGCACAAUUUUGGCUUCAGCUCUGAGAUCCAACCCAUCACACCUGAGACAGUUGGACCUCUGCAAGAAUAACAUAUUAGACUCAGGACUGAAGCUACUGUCUGCUGAACUGGAGAAACCCCAGCUCAAAAUUGAAAUACUGAGGCUGAGGCAUUGUGGUGUGACAGAUGAAGGCUGUGCUGCUCUGGUUUUAGCUCUGAAAUCAAACCCCUCCCACCUCAUUGAACUGAAUAUGUCUGGAAACAACCUUGACACAGGACUGAAGCAACUAAAUGCUCUAAAGGAGGAUCCACACUAUCGACUAGAGAAAGUAACUGUGUUGCAGGUUCUGCAAAGAAUAGCUGAUGAUCAACAAUGGUUGUGCUGAAAGAACACAAAUGAAAGAAAAUGCCAUAACAUACUCUUCAUUGAUUAUUACAGUUAGUUACAGUUAAUAACAACAAGU